CAGAAUGUUUUUAUUAUAUGUUGCUAUUGAUUCACUCGAGGUUGAGGUAUUCUCAAACUAGAUUUGGAUUAUUCACUCAAUAUUUAACUUUUAGCUAUCCAGUUACAGAAUAGCCGAUCGUGUUCUCUCUUACCUUUUCGGCAAACCAAACUCAAUAUCAUUCCACUAUCCAGUGCACAAACCUCCACACGAAUCUAAACUUAUAAGAAGCAUCUAAACCCAUGAGAAGCAUCUAAACCUUCAACCAAACAACCACAGACACAGAAUGACAGCCUUAAAUCCAACGCAAAAGUCACCAGAGAGAGCAUUUGCUCUGCAGAAAUAUCUGCUUCUCCACUCUCAACAUGAUGCUCUCCAAAAACACCUCAACCAAGUCACUGCUGCUGUUCAAGAAAGUCCCACAGCAUUUGCCGAUCGCCAUCGUAACUCUUCAGUCUCAUCAGAUAGCAGCAAUGCUAGCGACACAUCUGUAUCACCUCACAGCGCACCUAUGACAGCUUCUCGUUCCCGCAGAGGCAGUCUCCCAUCUUCUUUCGGUCAUAUGCAACAUUUUCACCGCGAGAAUAGAAUCAACUCUCUGCCAGCUGUGAUUGAUGAAACGGUGGUUGAAGAAAUCGAAGAAGAUGAACAAAAGUUAAAGGAUGUAAAUCAACAAAUCAAGACUACCUUGACGGAUUUACUCAAUUGCGAAAGUGUGAGGGGUGAUCUUAGAUAUAGGAAAUGGGUGCAAACACGAUUGAUGGACACAGAACGAGAAUUGAAGGAGAGCAGAUCGAAGAGUUGUGAGAGAAGAAGAAGUGUGGACAUGAGCCUUUGAAAAUAGGAAGAAACGGUGGAAGAUUGAAAAACGACACAGAUGAGAGAUGAACGAUGUGUCCCUUGAUAGAAUGGUCGGUUAUUGGUGGUUUGGUAUGGUGCUCAGAAUGGGUAUCGAAUAUCUUCACUAUGGAUCGGGUUUAAAAUGGCGUCUUUUUGGCGGGGAAGGAAGGCGAUUUUGGCUUUUUUUUGCGGAUUGUAUUUGAUACCCAUCAGCUGUUUGUAAGAAUAGUUUUAUUCAACUCU